AGUCGAUGCCGAAGAUAGUGAGGUGCUCAAAGGUCUUAAUAUGAAGCAGAAGAAGGCAUUGAAGAAGGGACUAAGUGGUGGAAAGUCAGCGAAUGCCAAUAACAUUGCCCGUAAAGCUAAAGAUUUGCUGAAGCCAUGUUUGUAUAAGAAACGAUAGAAAUAAAAUAAAAUAUUCGAUUCCUCAAGCAAAGGAUUUAUUCUCAGCCUCUUCACGAUAAUGGAGCAUUUUGAAGCCGCAUAUGAAUUUGUUAACUCCUUAUCCGACAGAGUUCCUAUCAACAACGAGCAGAAGCUGAACUUAUACUCAUUAUACAAGCAAGGUACCAUUGGUGAUUGCAAUGUGAAAAAACCUUCCUUAUUUGAGUUUCGAGACCGCGCAAAGUGGGAUGCCUGGAACAACCGUCGUGGUCUAUCACUGGAAGAAGGCAAAGAACAGUACGUUGAAUUGGUGGAAUCAAUGAAUAUUGGCUGGACGAGGCAAGGGCAAUAUGACGUUGAGCUUGAAGAUGAAGGCACACAGGAACGACAAGGAAUGGGCGCCUCAGUCAGUGCCAUGGCCUACGAUGGCGACUCGGAAGAAGAAGAAGUUGAAGACGGAUUUUUCUUUGCUCGAGAAGGGGAUUUGAGCAAACUAUCACAGUAUAUUGAAAAAGCAGCAACUUCAGUAGAUGACCGAGAUGAGCAGGGCUUAACAAUGUUGCACUACGCAUGCGAUCGCGGUAAUAUCGAAGCUGUAAAAUUACUUGUCAGCAGUGGGGCAGAUGUCAAUGCUUUGACCGAAGAAAACGAGACUCCUUUACAUUUCGCUUGUCUAUCUGAACGGGAGGAAAUCGCCCAAUACCUGAUAGAUCAAAAGUGUGAUCUCACCGUUCAAGAUACAGAGGGAAAUACUGCGAAAGACAACACUAGCUCAGCGUUUUGGAAACAACUUCGAGUAUAGUGAGAAGGCAUUCUAGUGAAAAGCUGGAGAUAGCUUCUAUUUUAUUUCAUUGCAUGUUUUAGUGAUUGUGUACAAAAGGCAUUUAGAAGCCUCGAUUG